CUUCUUCCCUUGUCCGCACUCCAUCAACUACCACCUCGACAGUCCUUCACGGCGAGAAUUGCUCUUAUUUCUCUUACUUUCUCUUCCAAAUUAAUCCAACUUCAUCACUUGACAGAAUCCGCCUGCGAGCUUCGUGGAUUGAAGAAUUCGUAUAUGCCCAACUGAGCAAUUCGAGGCAUUCAAUCAAAUCAACCAAAUCCCAUGGAUUCGCUUUCUUCGGUUUCGCCGUCCAUGGUUUUACCUCCCAGUAACCUAUUUCAUCGUCAAGCACGGAGAAUUCAUCUGUUUUCUUGUAAUCCUCGUAGUCGUAUUCCGAGGCUCGCUUCAGUAUGGCCUAAAUCACAUAGAAGGCGUUUGAAACACGUAUCCUGCAACCUGGGUGGUGGAGAAGGUGUUAAAGGAGAAGACGACGAUGGAAGCGAAGAGGUCGAGAGGGCCCUUCAUAUGGACGGGACCAUUCCUGGGACUUCCAACGAGUUUCUGAGGCGGGUUUCGUCACGUGCUUAUGACAUGCGAAGACAUCUCCAGCAAAGUUUUGAUAGCAGCAGCUACGACGUUUUAGAUGCCAACCCAUGGAGAGAAUCUUCAAAGCCUGUCUAUGUACUCACCCAAAAGGAAAAUCAACUGUGUACAAUGAAAACCCGCAGAAAUAGAAGUGAAGUUGAAAGAGAGCUUGGAUUGUUAUUUUCUAAAGGAGGUAACUGGAGAUCUGGGAUUGGAAAUCAGUCCAAGUCCAAACAAGCAAGGGGUGGGACAAAAUUUACAAUGCUUGUGGAAGAUAUCAGAGAAGGAGUGCUGGUAUUUGAAGAUGAAAACGAAGCAGUAAAGUAUUGUGACUUGUUACAAGGAGGAGGUCAAGGUUGUGAAGGCGUGGCUGAGAUCGAAGCCUCAUCGUAUAAAAAAAGAGUAUUUGAUCUAUGCCAGAGAAUGAGGGCACUUGCUGUUCUGUUCCCGGCGAGGGGGACACCUCCUCUAACCGGAAAGUUUGAAGCUCAAUCUGAGAGCCCGAAAAGGUCUCUUGAAGAUCAAGAUGACUUGAUUUGAAAUUCUAAAUUCCGUGUGGUGGAGUCAGCAUCCGGAUGCUUAUGCCCCAGAAAAAAGAAAAAUAUAUGAAAAUUAGUUAUUGAAGCUGAGGAACAGAUCCUACUUGCUGAAUAUUUUAAUAAUUGAAUGUAUAUACCAUGUACAUUGAUGCUCAUUUUCAAAGUUUGGCUUUUGAUUUGAAAUCUGAAGCCAUCUUGUGAGUUACAGGUUAAAAAAUUCUGACGAAUCUGAAUAAAUGGGAAGCUAUUGUUUUGAAAGUACUAAAUCUUGUGGACGUGUGGUUGUUGGGGUCAACGAGGAGGACUUUCAUGUUUACUUUUCAAUUAUCGGACACUAUAAAGUAAAGAUUGACGCAGCCCAUAAAAUUUAAUAAUAUGAUAAAUCUGAUCUUA